AUGGCAAUCACAACAAGACCCACAAGAACUAAACUUAAACGACAACACCCAAUCAGGUCCAAGUACAAGCAAGAAGAGACGAAUAUCCAGAAAGCCACAAACAUCAAACCCGAAUUCCACCAUGUAACCAGAGAAAAAAGAAGUCAAAGUCUUGGGAAAACCGGUGGUGAAAAGAAAUUUCGAGGAUGUACCAUCUGGUUUACAGGUCUGUCUGGAGCAGGAAAAACCAGUAUCUCUUUUUCUCUGGAAGAACGCUUAGUCACUAGCGGCGUGCCUUCUUACAGCUUAGAUGGUGACAAUAUUAGACAUGGACUCAAUAAAAAUUUGGGAUUUUCAGAAGUAGAACGACAGGAAAAUAUUAGAAGGGUUGCAGAGGUUGCUCGACUGUUUGCAGACGCAGGACAUAUAUGUCUCUGCAGUUUUAUAUCGCCGCAAACAGCUGACAGAAAUAUGGCCAGAGCAAUCCAUCAAAAAAGUGGUUUGCCCUUCUUUGAAGUCUUUGUAGAUACUCCAUUAGAAGUUUGCGAACAAAGAGAUGUUAAAGGACUUUAUAAAAAAGCUCGAGACGGAAUAAUCAAAGGAUUUACGGGAAUAGAUCAAGCGUACGAGAAACCAGAACAUCCAGAAUUGGUACUUAAAACUACAAAUUCUUCCAUAGAAGAAUCGGUGGAUAUGGUGUUGGAGUUGUUGCAAGAGCAGGGUAUUUUACCAAACAUGCCAAUUAUGGUACAAUCCAGUAAUCCAAAUGGACACCUUCAAGAUAUUGUGGUUCCAGAAUUAUUCGUGAAAGAAGAGAAAUUAAAUGAUGUUUUAACAGAAGCUCAAAAUUUACCAAAACUCGAUAUCGGCACUGUAGAUUUACAAUGGCUACAAAUUCUAAGCGAAGGUUGGGCAUACCCGUUAAGAGGUUUUAUGAAAGAAAACGAGCUAUUGCAAGUCUUACAUUUCAACACCAUCGAGAAAAAUGGAGAAAAAGUUAACCAGAGCGUUCCAAUAGUUCUGGCUAUUAGUAACAGUGAUAAAACAAGAUUGGAAAGAUGUAAAGCCAUUUCUAUCUAUCACAAUAAUGAACUGUAUGCUGUUCUUAGGGAUCCAGAGAUCUAUUAUAACCGAAAAGAAGAAAGAAUUGCCAGGCAGUUCGGUACUGUCGAGAAGAGCCAUCCCUAUAAUAAAAUGAUCUACGAGUCAGGCGAUUGGCUGCUCGGAGGCGACUUAGAUGUUUUAAGACCAAUAAAAUGGAACGACGGAUUAGACCACUACCGUCUAACUCCGAAUCAACUCAGACAAAAAUUCAAGCAACUGGAAGCUGAUGCCGUCUUCGCGUUUCAACUUCGGAAUCCCGUUCACAACGGACAUGCUUUGUUAAUGACAGACACACAUCGUCAAUUGCGAGAAAGAGGAUAUAAAAGGCCAGUUUUGCUAUUGAAUCCAUUGGGAGGUUGGACUAAGGAUGACGAUGUUCCUUUGAAAAUUAGAAUGCACCAGCACCAAGCGGUUUUGGAGCAAAAUAUUCUGAAUAAGGAUUUCACCGUUUUGGCUAUAUUUCCUAGUCCUAUGAUGUACGCUGGGCCUAAUGAGGUGCAAUGGCACGCUAAAGCUAGAAUGAUCGCUGGUGCGAACUUCUACAUAGUAGGCCGUGAUCCCGCUGGAGUUCCUCAUCCUCGUGGAAAAGAAGCUUCUCCAGAUGGGAAUCUAUAUGACGCAACGCACGGUGGACGCGUUCUCAAAGCGGCACCAGGACUCAAUUCGUUAGAAAUUAUCCCAUUUCGAGUGGCAGCUUACGAUACGACGAAGAAGAAAAUGGAUUUCUUUGAGCCAGAAAGAAAAGAUGAGUUCGAUUUUAUUUCUGGUACCAGGAUGAGAAAAUUUGCUCGAACUGGAGAAAAUCCACCAGAGGGAUUCAUGGCACCAAAAGCAUGGGAAAUAAUUGCAAAUUACUACCAGUCACUUGAGAUUAAGCAUUAAAUAAACUUUAGAAGCCUAAUUCAAAAAAAAAAAAACUCAAGUGAAUAAUGUUACACAAAUUAAAUAUACCUAUUAUACUCGUAGAGAUGAGUACGUUUUCACGACCAAAUCAUAAUGAAAGAUUGAGAACCUAAAUGGGAUUUAAAUGAUCGUGAAAACGUUCUAACAUAAAAAAGUAUGUUUGUAUUAUAAGUAUAAAUAUUUGUAUAUGUUAUGUUGUUAAGAUGCAA